CUUCGAUAAAUAAAGGGGGCCUCAGAGUAGAUUUGGCUAACAAAGCCAGGCUCUAAAAUGUCGGGAGAGGUGUAUCUCCUGUGGCUUCUCUCGCUUUUACAAACGCUGUCGGUGUAUGGUGCCGAUCUGUCGUCUGAGGCAUGCAGGGAGCUGGGCUUCUCCAGCAACCUGCUGUGCAGCUCCUGUGACCUGCUCGGGGAGUUCAGCCUCAACAAGCUCCAGCCUGACUGCGGGCAGUGCUGCCAGCAGGAGGCCCAGAUGGAAGCGCGCAAGCUCUACCCCGGGGCCAUCCUUGAGGUGUGUGGAUGAAAACUGGGGAGGUUCCCUCAAGUCCAAGCUUUUGUCAGGAGUGACAAGCCGAAGAUGUUCAAGGGUCUUCAGAUCAAGUACGUGAGAGGCUCAGAUCCUGUACUAAAGCUUUUGGACGAUAACGGGAACAUCGCUGAAGAACUCAGCAUCCUCAAGUGGAACACAGACAGCGUGGAGGAGUUCCUGAGUGAGAAAUUAGACCGGAUAUAGACACGUGUAUGUUUUAGUUUUUGGAGUCUAUAGUUAAAGGUUCCGCGUUCACCCAAAUUCCAAUACCUCUGGUGGUAUGUAGCCAUGCAGAGAUUUACUGUUAUUACUGUUAUGUGCUGGACAUUUCUGCAUCCACCUUCAGGUAAAUGGGGAGCUUUGUUUGUGGUGCUCGCAGCACUGAAAAAUUUACAUUUUGAAAAUAUUCUACAUUCCAAAAAACGGUGUCCUAGUCACUGUAGAUCACCCGCCUAAAACACCGUCAACAAUUGUCAUUGGAACUCCUUUUGUAGUAAAGAAAUAGUCUGAAUGAAAACGGAGAUGAUAUUUCUGGAAAAGAUUUGCAGCGCAACAAACCGUUACGGCACAAAUCCUUUUGACAUCUCCGACGGACCUUUUCAAGCUUGAGCGAAACCAUCUGCUUGGCUAGAGAUUAACUAGGGGCUACUGAGAAUUUGGGUGAACCGACCCUUUUUUAGUUGGUUGUGAAAAAUCAUGACUGUUUUUGUAUCUGGGAAUAAUGGAUUUUACCAAAUAACUUCUGUGAGAAGACAUAAUCAAAAAGCCCAGAUAAAGGGCAGGACAUCUGAAAUAAUGACCAUUACUGAUUAGGUUUGAAAAACAAUAGUGCACAUCAUUAGCUGUUUUGUCAAACUUUUGGGAGUUUACAUUCUCCCCCUUUUCCCUGUCUGUCUGAUAUUCCUGUAUGAUUAUUUUUUUAUAUAAUGCUCGACAUUGUAUAUGAAGGGAUUUGUGGUCAAAAAUGAAUCCUAGUUGCUCUCCAAAUGCAGAUGUCUUUGCUGAAGCACCCGUUAGUGACGGCCUCACAGUAAACCACCUGUUGGGAUGUGAGGUCUGAUGUGUCUGUGUUUUUCGACAUCUUCUGCUUCGAAGGGAAACUGGAUUUAUUUUGGAUGCUUGUUUUGGAGCGAAUGAGGCGACAGUUUAAAUAUGCAACAAUAAACAAAGUCUCUGAUGGUU